UGAACAUUGACCUUCAGAUGCCCAGCUAAGUGGCCGACGGAUAAGACCAGCCAAAGAGAGACAACUGGACAGCGGCUGGGAAGACUACAACGGGAAAAGUUGCUGGAAUCCCAGCUCUGGUAACAGGACACAGCAGGAGACGGAGACCGGAGGUUCCCAUGUCCCACUUCCGCAUCCGGCGCUAUCAGGAGGAGGACUUCGAGGCCGUGUGGGACAUUUUCACGCGGGGGACAUUGGAGCACGUCCCCAUCACCUUCCGACACCUGUUGAAACAGGCAAGAACCUACCUGCUCCUUCUGGGGAUCCCGCUUGCCCUGUUCGUGGGCUCAAAACCCAUCUUCCCAGGUCUCCUCGCCCUCCCGGUCCUCUUAGCCGCCACGUGGUUCAUCAUCAGGCUGCCCUGGACCGACUACAUAAAGAACGCCCGCCGCACGGACAUGUCCGACAUCCGGAAAUUCUACCUGAGCGAAGAAGGCUCCUGUUUCUGGGUGGCCGAGUCUGCAGGGAGGGUGGUGGGCAUGGUGGGUUGUCUCCCCGAGGAGGGUCCCACCAGAGGAGGAAAAAAGCUCCAGCUGCUCCACAUGUAUGUGGACCGGGGGCAUCGAGGCCGGGGCAUCGCGAAGGCACUGGCCAGGACUCUGCUUCAGUUUGCCCGAGCUCGGGGCUAUGCCGAAGUCACCCUCACCACAAGCAGCGUGCAGUAUGCGGCCCACAGGCUCUAUGAGAGCCUGGGCUUCUUCAAAGUCCGCGAAUCAUUUUGUUCCCUCAGUUGGAGGCUGGUGGCGAUUCCUUUCUUUCAUUACAAAUACCCCAUCCCGCCUCUUCCCUGAAAUGUCACCCUUCCCGGAUGGCAAGUUCCUUGUGGGCAGGGAAUAGGUCUACCAACUCUAGGGCUCAGUAUUCACCCAAGCACUAAUUCAU